UAAUAUCUAGAGUAUGGACACACUAAUUUCUAACAAGGGAUUGUAGAAUCUAAAGCACAGAAAAUAGAGUUGAUGCUUACCUGUGCGAAUCUAAACCAGCCUUGGAACUCAACACUGCCAACUUUAGCUCUUCUCCAGAAAUGCAGGACUCUGACCGACGUAAACCAAAUCCACGGCCGUUUAAUAACCACUGGUUUCAUCAGAAGCCAAGUUCUCACCACCAAAAUCGUCCUCACUUUCUCUCCUUCACCCUUCACUCCUUUAGUCGAUUUCGCUCGCUAUGUCUUCUUUACGUACCUUGCUUUUCGUUCACCUAAACAAGACGAGGACCCUUUUCUUUGGAAUGCUGUAAUAAAGUCGUAUUCUCAUGGACGUGAGGCGCAAGAAGCUUUUAUCAUUCUCUGUUUGAUGCUUGAGAAUGGGGUUCCUUUUGAUAAAUUCUCGUUGUCUUUGGUGCUUAAAGCCUGCUCUCAAUUGGGUUUAUUGAAGGAAGGAAUGCAGGUACAUGGUUUGCUUAGAAAGCUGAAUUUUGGGUCUGAUUUAUUUUUACAAAAUUGUUUGAUUUCUUAUUAUUUACGCUGUGGGUUUAUUGGAUAUGCACGUCAAUUAUUUGAUAGAAUGUCUAUGCGGGAUUCUGUUUCAUAUAAUUCGAUGAUUGAUGGGUAUAUUAAAAGGGGGAUGAUUGAUUUAGCAAAGGAGUUGUUUGACGUUAUGCCACUAGAGAAAAAGAAUUUGAUAACUUGGAAUUCCAUGAUUAGUGGUUACACGCAAUUGAAAGAUGGGAUGGGUUUGGCUUUGGGACUCUUUGAGAAAAUGCCUGAUAGAGAUUUGAUUUCUUGGAAUUCAAUGAUUAAUGGGUAUGUAAAGUGUGGGAACAUGGAAGAUGCCCAGAUAUUGUUCGAUAAGAUGCCGAGAUGGGAUGUCGUCAGUUGGGCUAAUAUGAUCAAUGGAUAUGCUAAAGUAGGUAAGAUUGAUCUAGCUAGGUCUUUGUUUAAUGAAAUGUCAGAAAGAGAUAUUGUUGUCUGUAAUGCCAUGAUGGCUGGUUGUGUCCAAAAUGGAUAUUGUGGAGAAGCUUUGGAAAUAUUUUAUCAUCUGCAAAGGAAUUGUAGUUUGCAACCUGAUAGUGCCACAUUGUUGAUUGCUCUUUCAGCAAUUGCACAAUUAGGGCAUGUCGACAAAGGGUUGGCACUACAUCAUUAUCUAAAGCAAAAAAAGUUCUCUUUGGGCGGAAGGCUUGGCGUUGCUCUUAUUGACAUGUAUUCAAAAUGUGGGAGCAUAAAGGAUGCUGUGUUGGUUUUUGAGGGUAUAAAAUAUAAGACUGUUGAUCAUUGGAAUGCUAUGAUUGGUGGAUUAGCCAUUCAUGGCAUGGGUGAAUUGGCUUUCAAAUUGCUCAUGGAUAUGGAAAAGCUUUGUGUGGAACCUGAUGAUAUCACAUAUAUUGGGGUGAUGAAUGCUUGCGGCCAUGCUGGCUUGGUGAAGGAAGGCCUGGUUUGCUUUGAUAUCAUGAGAAGAGUUCACAAGAUGGUACCGAAGCUGCAACACUAUGGAUGCAUGGUAGAUAUCCUAGGCCGGGCAGGGCAAAUAGAUGUAGCAAGAAAAUUUAUAGAGGAAAUGCCUAUUGAAGCCAAUGAUGUGAUAUGGAGAAGUUUGCUCAGUGCUUGCAAAAACCAUGAGAACAUUGAUGUUGGAGAACCAGCGGCUAAGCAUUUAAUCACACUGGACUCUUGUAAUUCAAGCUCUUAUGUACUUCUAUCCAACAUGUAUGCUGGUCUGGGUAUGUGGAACGCUGUUAGUAGUGUCAGGUUGAUGAUGAAAGAAAGAAAUUUGAAGAAAAUUCCUGGUUGCAGCUGGAUUGAACUAGAGGGAACUGUUCAUGAAUUCUUUGUGCAAGAUAAGUCGCAUCCCCAAGUUAUGGAGAUAUAUUCACUGUUGGAUAGUUUAUCAACAUCCAAUUCAGAAGUCACACCUUACGUACAUCAUGGCUAGUUUGGAACCUUACAACCUCGAAGCCUGCAAGUCAAUUAUAGAUUUAACUAGGAGCUUAUUUCAUGUAAGCAUGCAAACCAGGAGGUAUCUAGUUUUUAUCAACAUCCCAGGCUGCCUUAAUUUGAUAGCGUAUUAAAAGAUCUCAUCUGUAUGCCGUUUAAUUAAUUUAAGUAAAUUUCCAAUGAGUUUUUGUUUUUUCC